AUGGAUCUGGCGGCUGAAGAGCUUCAAUUCCUUAGCAUCCCCGACAUCCUCAAGGAGUCAAUUUCAAUCCCCAAACAAUCCCCCAAGACCUUCUACCUCAUAACCCUAACCCUAAUUUUCCCCCUUUCCUUCGCCAUCUUGGCCCACUCCCUCUUCACCCACCCCAUCCUCGCCCAGCUCCAGUCCGACGCCGCCGCCUCCUCCUCCAUCUGGUCCAAGCUCCUCAUCUUCCAGUUCUGCUACCUCAUCUUCCUCUUCGCAUUCUCCCUCCUCUCCACCGCCGCCGUCGUCUUCACCGUCGCCUCCCUCUACACCUCCAAGCCCGUCUCCUUCUCCUCCACCAUAGCCGCCAUCCCCAGCGUCUUCCGCCGCCUGUUCAUCACCUUCAUAUGGGUCUCCCUGCUGAUGGUGGCCUACAACAUCAUCUUCCUCGGGUUCCUCGUCCUCCUCCUCAUAGCCGUGGACUUGCAGAGUGUUUUCCUGUUCAUAUUCUCGACUCUGGUGAUUUUCGUUUUGUUUCUGGGCGUGCAUGUCUAUAUAAGCGCAUUGUGGCAUCUUGCUAGUGUGGUGUCUGUUCUGGAGCCCGUCUACGGGUUUUCUGCUAUGAAGAAGAGCUAUGAGCUGUUGAAGGGGAAGAGCCGUAUGGGGUUGUCGAUAGUGCUUGUGUAUUUGGCUACAUGUGGAGUGACCAAUGGGCUUUUCGGGUCGAUUGUAGUGCACGGAGGGGAUGAUUAUGGUGUUUUCACGAGGAUUGUGGUUGGGGGAUUUCUUGUUGGGGUGUUAGUGAUUGUGAAUCUGAUUGGGUUGCUCGUGCAGAGUGUGUUUUACUAUGUCUGCAAAAGCUAUCAUCAUCAGGGUAUUGAUAAGAGCGCGCUUUACGAUCAUCUGGGAGGGUACCUUGGGGAAUACGUGCCUCUCAAGAGCAGCAUUCAAAUGGAAAACUUGGAUGUCUUUAGAGCCAGUAUCACGCCAAAAGACACCAACAACACCAAUGAUACAUCAGACAAAGAGACACAGCAGGAAACAGGUGCCAGUAACUCCAAUGCCACACCCAUAAGAAAAGAAGGCAUAGCUGAUAACACCAUUGCAGCCUGUUCUGCAGUACCAUCAUCCAUAGAUCACAACAGUACAACUAAAUCAUCAGCUAAAGAUGUGCUGCUUCUCCAGUAUCACCAUAAUGAGCAAACCAUGGAUUUCUCCAUUUCUGCACCAACUAAACCAACUCAAGAGGACAAGCACAUCACACCACAACUCCUCCAAUUUCACAGCAAUGAAUCUCCUGCUGAUACAUAA